GACUCGACUCACUCAGAAGAUCCUCUUUUCACUUGCUGCCCUUUGAGCUUGCUGGCAUCGAUUCUGAUGCGAUUCUCGUUUGCAUUCGAUCACUCCCUCCAAAUGAAUUGAGAAAGAUGAGGGCUUUGUCGACUCUGCUGCUGCUCCUGCGUAUGGCAUACACCUGUGCGAUCAGCGUUCACGGGUUGAUUGACAUUGUAUUAAUCGACGCUGUAGGAGAGAUUUGUCACCCAGUGGAGAUAUUUGCUGACGUUGAUACAGAUGAGAAACAGUCAUGUUCCGUGGGAUCCCUCUGCUUUCGCAUGCAUUCGGAGAUGAUAGACACCGUGUUGGUCGAGUUCGAACCGGCUCCUGUUGAUUGGGAGCUAGACGAGGUUCGCCUGGAAGUGAACAACAAGACCGUGUUUGGACAAGAUUCCGACCUGCGCCACAAACAAGGUUUAUUGGAAGCAGGGGUGCAGCUUCCUUGUGGUUCCUGCCUUGCGCUUCACGCCACUGCCAAGAAAACGCUGUCAGACGGAACUGUUCAAAUGGCGCAGGUCCACCCGCUGGAAUUCAACAGUGUUUCUUGCCAACAACAAACAGAAUCGGGGCCUGUCAAACCCCAAAUACUAAGGAGGCGGGCACAGUUUGAAAUUAUUCCCCCCAUGCUGCAACUGGAACAACAAACUUGCCCGAGCUAUCCAACUCGAAUCGACUUUAACUUGACCCAAGAAUUCAUACGAGACGCCGUUCAGGCUUUUGAAUUUAUUAAACUGGUGUUCCGAGAAGAGAUGGGACCCAUUGAGGGUAUGCUGGACAGGCAAAGGCAAUUUUACGCAAGCUUCAAUGGCUGGUCCGAUUGGAAUGAUCAAGCUCUCGUAGCCAAAACACGUGACACUAAUGUUUGUUUCGCCGUCUUUAUGGCAACCGAAGGCAACAACCUAAUUGAUCAAUUUCAGAACAUCAUCAUAUUGAAUGAACGCGUAGAUGGAACAGAUUGUGUGGUUCGCCAAGGAUACUCAACUGCUUACUUUACUCCGUACUACAGCGAGUUCAGGGCCGAGGUGGAUGCAUGUGUCCGAUCGUGUAGCGACGGUCUUUGCCCGUUGAUACUUGCAGGUCAUUCGCAGGGAGGAGCCGCAGCCGUGGUAGCUUCCGUAGACCUGAAUGUCUAUAGGCCAACAGUGAUCACGUUUGGUGCUCCUCGGGCUAUCCACGACGAGUAUGAAGACCCUUGCACCGAAGCCAAUCCACAGAAUCACUACAGAUUCAUCAACGUUCUCAACGGAGAGUUCGAUCGAGUCGCUACUCAGGCAAAUUUCUUUAGAGCCAAGCAUGUAGGCCACACCCUUCUUUUGGACGGCGAUGAUUUUCCUAUUGCAAAUCUUGGUUUCAACGACAACGAAGAUCGGCAUCCCAGAGGUGACGAUGCUCACGACCAAAUACUCUAUGGGGAUCGCAUCAAAGCAAUGCUGGAUAGAGGUUGCUUCCCUGUGCCAGUUGGACGAUAGCUCCAAACCUUUGAAGCUUGUACUUAUUGCACAUCUACUAGGAACUAGGAGCGCAUCAAUGCUCUUCCCCUGUAGCAUCCGAAUUUUGAAACGUGUGUGGGUCCUGGAGCUAGAAAUACACCUGGUAAGUCUAGGAGUAGGUCCUUGUGUGCAGCCUGAUUUAAGCCCGGUGUGGAACUAGGAGUGGGGCAUUGGGAGGGCUCCAGGAGUAGGUCCAAAGAAGUUGAUCCUUGUAUUGGACUAGAUCCUGAGUUGGUCUGGUGAUGGGGCCAGGAGAUAGACCAAGGGUAGGUCCAAAAAGUAAGUCCUGGAGUUGGUCCAGGUGUGGGACUUUAGUUGGUUUGAAAGGGACAGGCCAGGCUAGCUAGG